UGGACCGGAGUCAUCAUCACGUUUGUUUUUGGAAAAAGUCUUCCGAAUUUUCAUUGGCGCCCGAGCAGGGACAUCGGCAUCCAGCAUUUCGUGGAAAUUCGCACGACAAACCAGUGACCUACAGUGCAUCUUCGUUGUCUCGGCACAAGUCAUUGGUUUUUUUGUUCUGUUGCGAAUAGAGCUCUAGCUGGCUGGUUUUGUGCGACAAAUUGGAUUCAUCUUUACUCAACAAAAAAGGAAAGUGUUCGGCUAAUCUAUGCCGAAUUCUCAGGUUCAUCGGGAGAAGAGGCCUUCCGGAGAAGGUGUACAGCGACAACGCCACCAACUUCGUGGGCGCGAGCAAGGUGCUGAACGAGCUGCAUCAAGCGUACCAGAGGGACCAGGACCGGCUCAAGGCGUACGCAGCGCGCCAAGGCGUCGAGCACCACACUUCGGCGGAUUGUGGGAGGCAGCCGUCAAAUCAGCCAAGCAGAGGUUGGUACGCGGAGUGGGCAACGCCAAGCUCACCGCGGACGAGCUGUGCACCCACCUGGUAGAGGUAGAGGCUCUUCUGAACUCCCGGCCAAUCGCGUCCCCAGGCAACGAUCCCAGCGAUGGAGAAGCGCUAACGCCAGGGCACCUGCUGAUCGGGCAGCCGCUUCUUUCGCUGCCGCCCGAAUCAGAUCACGACGACAGAUGCAGCAGGGGAAGCUUCGCGUACUUGAAGCGGUGGCGAAUGCUGUCAGCGCUCAAGCAGCAGUUUUGUCAUUGCUGGUCCAAGGACUACGUGGUCAGCCUGCAGAAGCGUCACCAGUGGGCUACCAAAGGGCCAGACUUGGACAUUGCUGUCUAGUGCUCGUCCACGAGGACAACACACCGCCACAGAAGCGGACCACAGGACGAGUGGUGGCCGCAAUCAAGGGAGAAGAUGGGAGAGUGCGCGUCGCCGAGGUGCGAACACCCGCGGGCGUAAUUAAACGCCCCAUACACAAAUUGGCAAAACUGCCAAUAGACGGUUGAAGCACCGGAGGUCUUCAACGGGGCCGGAAUGUUGCAGCAGACGAUCGUAAUUACCCUAUCGUAGCGUGUGCGAUGUUGUGAGCAGAGCUUUUGCUCUCACACGCCGCGCUCUUGUACUGCUCUCUGCGCAUUCAAGAUCGGCUCGACGGUGGAGUCGGGGGGGUUUGCUAUCUCUGGCUGCGACCAGUCCAAUAAAUGCUUUGAAGUCGA